GAUGGAGCGUGCGGACGGGGGGCGGGGAGGAGUUUGGGAGGCGGCUGCUCUUGCUCCCUCCCCCCGUCCCGGCUGCGGUCGCAGUGCGGAGCUGUUUUCCAGGCCUGGGCAGUAGCGUUUAGUAGCGACAUGUCUGACAAAGAUCUACCGGGCAUUGUGUCUUCGGACACCGUAUACGAGAGCCAGGAGAGGCCGAAGCUCCAGCGAUGUGUGCCGGCCGGGGUGACUGUGGAGCCGGUUCUUUUCAUGUCCAUGUUCGCUAUGGCGCUGCAGGGUCCACUCGUUACCCAGUACAUAUGGGAGCAGAUGAGCGUUGACGUCGGCUUCAACGGCACCAAGAAACAGGGCUGUGACCCCCUUAAUAACACCAUCGACCCACUGCAGCAGGAAGUGGAGACACUGACUUCUCACUGGAGUCUUUACAUUAACUUGGGUGGCUUUCUGGUUGGGCUCUUCUCGGUGAUGCUGCUUGGCCCUUGGAGUGACAGUGUGGGACGUCGCCCAGUCCUUAUCCUUCCGGCUAUCGGCCUGGCCCUGCAAGCUGCUGUCUACCUUGUGGUCAUGUAUCAGAAACUGCAUGUUGGCUACUUCUUGCUUGGACGCAUCAUUAGUGGCAUUACUGGCGACUUCAACAUGAUCCUCGCUGGCUGCUUUGCCUAUAUUUCAGAUGUCAGUGACCGCCAGUCACGCACCUUCCGUGUGGCUAUCCUGGAGGCAUGUCUGGGCAUUGCUGGGAUGGUGGCUAGUAUCAUUGGGGGCCACUGGCGGAAGGCCCAAGGUUACAUUAAUCCAUUCUGGCUUGUGUUUGCUGUCUAUCUGUUCACAGCACUUUAUGUGUAUUUCUGCAUCUGGGAGUCAGUUAAGGAAAGGAAGCCAUCUAGACUUUUUUCUCCCCAGCACUACCGAUCAGUGUUUCGACUCUUCACGGUGGCUGGUGAAAACAAGCAACGUUGCAAGUUAUGUCUGUACUCGCUGGCUCUCUUGCUGGUAGUCACUGUGCAUAUGGGUGCCAAGGAUCUUUUUGUGAUCUAUGAACUUAGUUCUCCCCUGUGCUGGGACUCUGACCUGAUAGGCUACGGCUCUGCAGCGGAACACCUCACCUAUCUCAGCAGCCUGGCCGGGCUGCGUCUCUUCCAGUUGUGUCUGGCAGAUAGCUGGGUGGCAGAGAUGGGCUUCCUGUCCAAUAUUUCAGGCCUAGUUGUUUUUUCACUGGCCUCAACCACUCAAGUGAUGUUUACGGGAUAUGGUUUAAGAUUUUUUGCGAUGGCCACAACUCCAGUAAUCCGGUCCAAACUGUCUAAACUGGUGGAUGAGGGAGAGCAAGGUACUUUAUUUUCAUCUGUGGCAUGCGUGGAAGGUCUGUCAUUUUUGUUGGCCACAGGUGUGUUUAACUCCCUAUAUCCAGCCACGCUGCACUUUAUGAAAGGCUUCCCUUUCCUGUUUGGAGCUCUCGUUCUCCUGAUCCCAGCUGGAAUCAUUGGGCUAAUUGAAGUUUUUGAGAAAAGGCCUACAUACAGCCAGUUUUCAGAGAUUUCAUGAAAACACUGGGGGGUCACAGCUUACAGUAUGUACAUAGUAAACCUUGGUGUAUGAAAUUCUGUGCUUGUGCACUUUAAUGAAGUUAAACCAGAUAUCAAUACACUCUAAGCACUUCCAAAUGGACUCUGCCAGAGGUUAGUGAAACUCGAAUGAUGUGAACCCCAUUGUACCGCAAGACGCCAAGCAAAAUUUAGCAUUGUUGAGAUGAAGUCCUUGAGUCCUUUAUUUUGCCCUUACAAGGGAAGUUUUUAGGCUGAUCCUCUGGCCAACUUUACACGCAUGGACAAGCUAUCUGAGAAAUGAAGAGUACAAUAAUACUCUGCUGUUUAAUUUCUGCAAGGGGUUUUCAUCUGAAGAAUCGUCUGAGAUCGUUAAAGGUUACAGAACUGCACAUCUUUUCCCAUGUUGGGGCAAUAAAAGGCAUCGACUUUAAUAACUACAAGGUAUCUGCAACGGUCUUCAAUCCCGCGUUCACAACGACCCUGUGAGGACAUUUAACAUACAGAAUCAAGGACUUGAUUUUUCAUUUGGACCCUCUAACUGCCUAUGAAAACUAUAGUUAAUCUAUAGUUUUACCUACUUUAACAUUUAUAAUAUAGGGUAUUGUCCCUAAAACCUUAUUAAAGCCUUUACAUUUUUUAAAUUGGUUAUGCUGAAACAACAUAUCCGAGCAGAAAACUUUAAAUAUUGUGUGAAUAUUGCAGAGCCAGUUUAUAUAAUAUGAAUGUGAGCCCACUUAAUUCCGUUAUAUAUUAGCACGGUGGAUUUUGGAUUAACAGGUUCCAAACACUGAGUACCAGGGUACAAACGUGCACACUAGGUAUUACCUCUGGCUCACUUAGCCCUCUAAUUACAACCUACGGUAAUUGUACUGUAUGAAAGAUGUGUUGCUGGCAACAUCUUAUUAACAGUGUCAUUCCAAGCUACCCACGUAGCUUCUUCAGCAUUAAGCUAUUUUUCUUUCAUUUGCUAAAAAAAACUAAUGCUUAGUGUGCCUUCUCCUCUUUAGCAAAACAUUCUUGUAGAUUGCUUAUGUGAUGCUUAGUGCUGUACGCUACAGUGAAUACAUUCUAGUGUCUGCCUAUUUUUUAAUGUCGUUUUGCUGAAAACCAAAAACACUCCAAUAGAUAGCAGCACUUGGCUCUACAUUACCCUAUUUUUUUUUUUAUUUU